AUGAUUGGAUCAAUUUUUCGAAUAAAAGAUACAAACCUUGACGAGGAUGGAAUUUGGAAUAUUCGUUUGAGUCUUUGUUCGAAUAAUGAUCAACAAUUACAAUCACUCUUUGAACGCAUGCAACGACAAUUAGGUAACGGUGACACAAAUUUGGACUGUUUUUCAGGUAUCUUGCAAGAUACGGGUAAACUAAAUCAAGCUGAAAUCUAUUAUAAAUCUUAUUUAAAACAAUUAACUAGUAAUCAUCCACAUAUUUCCGAAUGCUAUCAUGCCCUAGGCAUUGUAGUAAGUGAGCAAAAAAACUAUCAGCUGAGUUUGAAGUGUAUAGCAAUUGCUUAUCAUGGAUUAGGCGAUCACACUAAAGCAAUUGAGUCAUAUGAAAAGGCAUUGACAAUUUUGAAGAAAAACCAUGGUGAAGAACAUACAGACGUAGCAAUGUGUCUUGAUAACAUGGCAUUGCAUAUUCGUGAGAAACAUCUUCCUGUUGGCCAUUCUGAUAUUGACGUAUCAUACAACAAUGUUGCCAAUAUGUAUGUUUGCCUUGAUGAGAAUGAUUCAGCAUUAAAACAUUAUGAAUUAGCAUUAAAAACCUAUAACAAAUCACUUCAUUCUUGUCAUCCUCAUGUUAUCAUGACAAUGGAAAAUAUGGCUAGUAUUUACGAGGAUCAAUGUAAUUAUGAAAAAGCACAAUAUUAUUAUACAGAAACAGUCAACAUCUUUCGUCGUACUUUACCAGCUAAUCAUUCAGAUUUAAGAAAUAUGGAAAAAAAUGUUGCUCGUGUUUCAUCUAGACUAGAGGAUGAAUGUUUUUUAUAA